GAUUAAAAUAUGUGGGUAACGUAAGCGAAGGGUCAAGUGGGAGAAGCUCGUCAACACGCAUAUCAAUCAAACGCCAUAACAGAAGGCAAGACUUUGGCUGCUCACAGGUCUCUUUUUAAGUCAACACAGUCAAUUCUGAAGAAUAAAACAAACGAAACAAAGAUACUGUUGUUGCUUGGCUUGCAGUGCCUGUUAAUUCAUUGCUUAUAUUUCGAUAAAUUUAAUAGAGUGUGUCUUUGGCUUGACUUGGAAAAGUGGAGUAUAAGCAGGAAAGUUUCAGUCUUUCUUUAGAUAUUUCCUGGAAGUUCUUGCUUUCACAUUAGAAUAAAUUAAACCCAUUUCCUCUUUGUGAAGAUAUAGUGGAGGCUCCCUAAAUUUCCUGUGACUUCUUGUGAUCUUGUUCUAAGGGUGUUUUUACCAAUUUUCUGAUCUGGGUAUGUCUCAAUUUUAUAUUUGCUUGUAGAAAUGAGAUACAGUGAGUUUUUGUUUAUAAUUUUUUAAAGAUUGAAUUUCAGUUGAUUUUAUGCUUUAAUUCUGUCGAAAGGUCUCCAUUGUUCUUUGUUUUGGGCUUUUGGAGGCUGAUUUUGAGGAUUUUUUUUUUGAAAUUAGAUGGCUUUUUGGAGGGUUUUGAUUGGGUUGGUGAUUUUGUUUACUUGCUGUUGUGUAAGUCAAGCCACUUUGACUGAUAUAGAGUGCUUGAAAUCCAUUAAGAAAUCUUUUCAAGACCCUUUGGGUUACUUGGCUUCUUCAUGGAAUUUCGAUAAUGUUUCAGAAGGUAACAUCUGCAAGUUUGCUGGUGUGGAGUGUUGGCACCCUGAUGAGAACAGAGUUCUCAAUAUCAAGCUUCCGGAUAUGGGUUUGAGAGGCCAAUUUCCUCUUGGCAUCAUAAAUUGCUCAAGCUUGACUGGCUUAGAUCUUUCCAACAACAAUUUAUCUGGGACUAUUCCUUCCGACAUCUCGGAUAGACUCAAUUUUGUGACAACCCUUGAUCUUUCCUCGAACAACUUUUCUGGGGAAAUCCCUUCCGGUUUAGCGAAAUGUACUUACUUGAAUGUGCUCAGGCUCAAUAACAAUAGGUUUAAUGGUACAAUUCCAUUGGAACUUGGCGGGCUUGACCGGCUCAAGGAAUUUAGUGUUGCCAACAAUCUAUUGACAGGUCCGGUUCCUUCCUUUCAAAAAAGUACUAUCACUGCUGAGGCCUAUGUCAACAAUCAGGGACUUUGCGGGAAGCUUUUGAGUGUCUGCCCUGGCACUCGGAAGAAGCCUCAUGUUGGUGUUAUUGUUGGGGCUGCCAUCGGUGGUAUAACUAUUACAGCUCUUAUCGUGGGGGUUAUUCUGUAUUACUUGUUACAUGGAGCAGUUAAGAAGAAAGAAGAUGAUCCUGAAGGUAAUAGAUGGGCGAAAAGCAUCAAAGGCACCAAGGGCAUCAAGGUUUCGAUGUUUAAGAAGACAGUUUCAAAAAUGAGGUUGAGUGAUCUUAUGGAGGCGACCGACAACUUCAGCAAUAAGAACAUCAUUGGAACUGGAAGAACAGGAACAAUGUAUCUUGGUUUGCUUCCUGAUGGAUGCUCCCUUAUGGUUAAGAGGUUGCAGGACUCUAGGCAUCUGGAGAAAGAAUUUGUGUCCGAGAUGAAAAUACUUGGCAGCAUUGAGUAUCGAAACUUGGUUCCCCUUCUGGGUUUCUGCAUGGCGAAGAAGGAAAGACUUCUGGUGUACAAGUUUAUGGAAAACGGGACACUUUACGACAAAAUACAUCCUGUGGAACCUGAUGUCAAAAGCCUGGAAUGGCCCUUGAGGCUCAAAGUUGCCAUUGGAGCAGCUAGAGGUUUGGCAUGGCUUCAUCAUAGCUGCAACCCCCGGAUAUUGCAUAGAAACAUAAGCUCUAAAUGCAUUCUGCUGGAUGGGGAGUUUGAACCCAAGUUAUCGGACUUUGGCCUUGCCAGGCUUAUGAAUCCAAUUGACACUCAUUUAAGCACUUUUGUCAAUGGGGAGUUUGGAGAUUUAGGUUAUGUAGCUCCUGAAUAUCCUCGGACACUGGUAGCUACCCCAAAGGGCGAUGUAUACAGUUUUGGAGUGGUUCUUCUGGAGUUGAUUACUGGUGAGAAACCAACCCAUUUGGCUAACGCUCCAGAUAACUUCAAGGGAAGUUUAGCAGAGUGGAUCGAACAUCUGUCCCAGAACUCUGCUCUGCAAGCUGCUUUUGACAAGUCCUUGGUGGGAAAUGGUUUUGACAGUGAACUCAACCAGUUUCUCAAAGUUGCUUGUAAAUGUGUGUUGCCAACUCCAAAGAAUAGACCUACCAUGUUUGAAGUGUACCAGCUUCUGAGAGCAAUUGGAGAGAAAUAUCAAUUCACAGCUGACAACGAAAUUAUGCUGCUACCUGAUUCCAAUGAUGCAGAAUUUCAAGAUGAGCUUAUUGUUGCACCAGAAGGAGUGUAGUUGCAGUCUUAAAGAGGUAAUUUUUAUACAUGGCAUGUAUUAUUUUUUGGCCUCAAGAGGGCCUUUUUGAAGAUUAGUGACCUUUGUGGUUGCAAUUAAUAUAAAAUUUUCUGCUGAUCAAGCAUCUUUAGAAGCCUGUUUAUGUUUACAUCAUCAAAUGUACAUAUACUAGACAUGAUUAUAUGUUGAUACAAUAUUAUUCUGGAUAUAUAUAAUAUUUAUUUAAGAAUUCCCCUUUA